AUGCUUUUUUUAAUUUUAAUAGUGAUAGCAUACUUUAUCUAUUCAAUUGUUAUCCCACCAAGAUAUCCAAAAAUCCCUACAAUUCCAUUCUAUGUUUCAUUUUUAAGUAGUUAUACAAAUCUUGAUCAAAUUGAUAUUUAUGAAUUAUAUUUACGUGAAAAAUUGGAGAAGUAUGGAGCUGUUAAAAUUUAUUUUGCAUCAAGAUGGAAUGUUUUAGUUAGCAAACCAGAAUAUUUAUUACAAGUUUUUAAAGAGGAUGUUUAUGCUAAAAGUGGUAAUCAUAUAAAAAUACCCCAUAGUGUAUUAUCAACUUAUACUGGUGAUAAUGUAAUUAGUGCAAAUGGUAGCUUAUGGAAAUUAUAUCGAGAAGUAGUUACGCCAAGUAUUCAAUUUCCCGAUUUAUCGAGAAUUGAGGAAAAUUCAAACAAUUUAGAACUUAAAUCUGGAUUUGUUACUGAUCCUUUACAGAAAUUUGCCUUAAAAAAUGUUGGCGAUGCUAUCUUAGGUAUUAAUUUAAUUGAUUUACAUCAACAAAUUAAAUUUAUUAAGAAGCAAAUUUUUAAGCCAUUUUACUUGAACUUUCCUAUUUUCGAUAUUUUAAGAUGGAGAACUAAAAGGAGGGUGGAAGAGUUUAGAGAAGAAUAUGGGGAGAUGAUAAAAAGUGGUAACAAAUUGGCUGCAAAAGCUUUAGUCAAUAGUAAUUUAACUCAUAAACAAUUUUUAGAUAAUGCGAUCAUAUUGAUGGUUGCUGGACAUGAAAAUCCUUUACUAUUAAUGCAAUCAUUACUUUAUGUAAUUGCAAAGUAUCCUGAUAUUCAGGAGAAACUUAAAAAAGGUGGACCAUAUGUUGAUGCAAUAAUUUAUGAAACCUUAAGAAUGUUUCCUCCAUUAGGUCAAAUUAUAAACAGAUGCACAACGAAGGAUGUAUAUUUAGGCAAUAUUUAUAUUCCAAAAGGUACAUAUGUUGGUUAUCAUAAUUUAGCAACUGGUAGAGAUCGAAAUGUUUGGAAAGAUGCAGAUACGUUUAAUCCUGACAGAUGGGGUCAAGGUAAAGAAAUUUAUUCAAACUAUUUAUCAGCUAAAAGACUGGCUAGAUUACCUGCAUUUCAUGGUAGAAAACGUGCUUGUUUAGGUGAAAAAUUUGCUUUAGAAGAAGUUCGACAAUUUUUAAAACAAGUUGCAAAAUAUAACGUGUCACUUGAUGCAGAAUGGAAUGAAAAAUUUACUCCUGCUGGUCCAAUAUCUCCAUUAAAUUUGAAAAUUAUAGUUUCCUAA